GAGCCAAGCUCUCAGUCUACAGAGUUCUUCUCUCUCUAAAAAGAGUCUCAGAGGAGUAGCCAUGUUAGUCUGUAACUUUAACAACGAGUAGUCGUGCGGUACCUUAGAGACGCAUUGCCUCUAAAAAAAAGACAUUUUAUUAGAAAUUAAAAAUUAACAUGGUAUUAAAAUGUAGAAUAAAAUCUUAAAUAUUCACACUGAAAAGGCAUGAAGAAAAAGGACUGUCAUCAAGUGAUGGUCCUCAAUAUAUUUGUUGUUUCCUUUAAAUCAACACGCACAACCUGGGCAAAGCUACGUCUAAAGUAACUAACUGGAAUACCUCCAGGUGCUUCUCCCGAUGGCACAAAUGCAUUUCCACAUCUCACCCAUUAGGUCAAUGAGUCAAGAAAGAGGAGAGGGUUCCAGUCGCGGAGGUAUCAAUACAGAAGUGAACAUCAUGCUGAUUUGGGGAGGUAAUGGGAUGAUAUUAUGCUCACAAUUAUUUGCAAACUCAGUGUGCUGUCCUGACUGCCUGCCACUUGCUAUUCCCAGUAAUUUAUGCACAUUCCUGGAGGGGUUCAGAAGAAAAUCUUAGUCCCUCAGCUGCUGUGGAUGUUCUGUCAAAGUUAAUAUUCAGAAAUCACAGUUUUUCUGUGACAAGAAUGUUUAGACCCCUAAGAGAAGCAUCCUGACUUUGGGCAGGUCUGCCUCUGUAUCUAGCUUCAUACAUGUUUCUGCAUCUUAGGAGGCGGGAGUUCCACUCCUUUACUACUAACCUGGGUUCACCUACAGGAGGUAAGUUUAACCCUUCUUUGAAUGUUUUCCUAUUAAAUUUCUUAGCUGGAAUGGCAGAAACAGCCAAGAAAUCACUAGAUUUUUUUAGGACUAAAAUCUUUACAGAUCAUGCAUUAUUACUCUGUCCUUUCAGUGGCUUGGAAUACCUUGAUUUGAAUACAAAAAAACUCCCUGUAUUUUUGUAAAUUACCCAACUUUUUUUUUUUUUUUACUCAAAAUGAAAUUACACCUCCGGGGAAGGCUGUAAAAAUGCUAAGCAGCAGUUUGCAUGCUCAAGUACUGUGCACAGACUGUAUAAUUAUUUGCCUCCAUGCACUGAGCAAAUAAUUCCUUGGAUCCAGUUUCUAAAGGGGAAAAGUGACACUUUCCCUUUAAGGCUAGCGUGGUUUGUGUGCGUGUGUGUAUGUGUGAGAGUGUGUGUGUCUCCUCCUCUUUGAGUGACACAGCAGUUAGAUAUGCCUAUCAGUAACUUAAACCCCACAAACUCCACCUUCUAAGUGAGGAAGCUGUGGGUUGAUGGAAAUGUAGUGAGCAGAUUGAGACAGACAGUGAAUCAUUAGCAAACUGCAACGCCAGGAUGAACUUGUCUGGAACCUAAAAGGAGAAAACCGUCUGUGUGUGUUGUGCUUUGCCUUGCUGGGUUUUUGUUGAAGACAGCCAAAGUGGAUCUAACAGCUGGUUGAUCGCCAGUCCAAGAUGCUUCUGGUUUCCCAGCGGGUCAUGGAGCCACAUAUUCCAUUACAGGGAUCCAUUAAGAGAAAACUGGAAGAUGACAGCUCCCCUGCUUCCAGCGGCAUGCCCGAUGUUAUUUUCCCAAGCGACAACAAGAGACUCUGUCUUGAUGAUGUAACUCUAUCUAUGGGCCAAGAUACCAAUCCCAAUGUGGCAUGUCCCGAUAUGCAGAACUCGCCAUUCUCCACCAAUCACAGCGCUUCUUCCAUGGGAGUAGCUGGUCAUUCAGUGCUACUUGAAAACAAUCACAUGAAUGGCAGUGGCAUUGGUUCUCCAUUUUCGGUACCACCCAACACAGAGAUAGGACAGAAAGGGACGAUAGGUGGGCAGAAUAAUGUUGUUCACUAUGACGAAAAAGGAAACAAUAUGCAAUCCAUGGACCAGGAACUGCAAGAUCUGUUAGAAGAGCUGACAAAAAUGCCUGAUCCUUCUCCUAAUGAGCUGGAUCUUGAGAAGAUCUUGGGAAGCAAGGCCGAAGAGACACUUGGUCUGAGCCACCCACAGGCAAGCAUCACCACCACGCCAAAGUCCUCUCCGCAGACCUCUCACUUGGAGAACCACAUUGUCAACAAAGACUUUUCUCCAGGUUGCAAUCCAACGAGUGGAGGAUCACCUCAAAUGAGGUCUUCAUCUGCUGUUGCAUCUCCCAUCUCUUCGGCAGCACAGAGUAAGAACCAGGCCCAGCCUAUUCUGCCCGUACCCUUGUCCAACAUGCCUGGGUCUAACUGGCAUGCACAGCAACUAAAGCAGCUAGCAGCAAACAAACAAGUGUCUACUACUAAACAGCAAGUGCAGGCUCCCAACUGGCCAGCCAUGGCCACCCCAGGUCUUUCUCCACCUUACAGGCCGGGAUCAUCACCACACCAUCAACCUUUCAGCCCUCAGAAUGUCAUGGUGUCCAGCAUGGCUUCUAAUAGUUUACCUGGAAACAACAUUCAAAGUCCUCAAAACACUCUGCUUUCAAACAUGUCCAGUACCAACCCAUCCAGUGGGCCUUCUCCGCCAUACGGGUCAGAGAAGCUUUCCAGUCCUGCUCUGAACCAGCCGCCUUUCAGUCCCCAGAAUCCCAUGCUCUCCAAUAUGACUUCAGCCAGCCUGCCGACCAACAACAUUAAAAGUCCGCAGAACAAUUUGGUUUCCAGCAUGGCCUCCACAACGACGGGGCCCUCCCCACCAUACAGGCCAGAAAAACUGUCCAGCCCAGCUCUGCACCAGCAGCCGUUUAGUCCCCAAAAUACAUUAAUUCCUAACCUCACUGCCACCAGCAAUCCCACCAGUAUGCAAAGCUCUCUCUUCAAAUUGAUGACUACAAACCAGCCCAAAAACAUGAACAUCAUUAUGCAACAGCCGUCGAAUGGCUUGCAGAAUGAGAAUCCUGUGGCCCAAGACCAGUUUUCUUUCAAUAACACCAAACCGCUGUCUCAUUUUGCAUCGGAGUCAACUACUCCAAAGAUGUCAACCAUGACUGCUGGUCCAGGGCAACAAUCCCUCAUUCACUAUCUCCAGCCACAGCAGCAAGCGCCGGCCACACAACAGUCUCCUCAGGCUAAUAAUACCCAGUUUAUUGAGCAACAUCUUCGACAACUGAUGCAACCGCCUCGGAUGCAGAGACACAUGCAGCCGACUGCUUUGCCGUCUCAACCCAGACAGGAUCAGAAUCCAGGCAUUGUUACCAGACUUCAGGAGCCAGGCACUAUGCCCAGUGGAGGCUCGGGGCCUGCGCCAGCGACAGUCAACGGAUACACGAUGAGGAACCAUUUGCUGAAGCAGCAGAUCAUGAGACGGCAGCUAUUGCAGGAGAAGCAGAAACAAAGCAUGCUGGGAGCCGCGUCUGAGCAGAGGGCUUCCUUUGCACCCCAGCAGAUGAGUCAGUUUCAGGCAAUGCCACAGCCUGUUCCUACUGACUGCGGGCAGGCCAUGCCAGCUCCUCCACUCAGCCACCGCAUGAUGCCGUCCAAUCCAGGACUACUUCAGAACAGCUUGGGCUCCGGCAUUACUCCAACCACUGUUAACCAAAACAGUGGGGCAAUGGUCAUGAUUCCGCAUAAUCCUGGCAAACAGCAAGGAAUUUUCCCACCGAAUUCCGAUUUUAACAUGCCUCUGCGACCAAACCAAUCCUCGCUGGGCAUGAGCUCAGGAUGCCAAACAGUCCACAGCCAUGCCACAGUCCAGCCAGGAAUGACAUUGUCUAGCUUUAGCUCCAAUUCCUUAACAAAUCACUCAGCAGCUCAGCAACACUUAAGACAGCCGACUAUGCCAAGAAUUUCUACCGUCUAUCCCAACACAGCUGCCCAGAUGUGGACACCGACUGGGGUUUCAAGAAUGCCAAAUCAAAGCCAAAUGGAUACCAGCAUGCAGCCAUUCUCCAGUAACCCUCUAGUCUCCAAGCAGAACGUGAGACCAAAUAUGCCAGGUCAGCCGUUUUCCCACCAGGCUGUAGCGCCUCCUAAUCAGAUUGCACCAGGAGUCCAGGUCAGACAGAUGCAAAAACUAAACCUGGGGCAGUCCGGCCAGAGCCUAAACACGCUGAAUAAUCAGAACUUGCGACACAAUUUAACCAGAGGACCAUUGCCAGCUAUGAAUGUUAUGAAAUCCAUGCCACAAGGCAUGUCCAGUUUUAACCAGCUCAAUCCAGCUCAAGGACUCUGCCCACCAAGUUACCCCUCCGCAGGCCAGCUGUCAGGAACAUUCAACAGAAUGAGCACUGCCUCCGAGCUCCCGCAGUACGACUUUGGGCCACAACAGAGUAAUUCGAUCUUGCCAGGAAACUGCAGCGAAACUGACUUCAUCGACUCCCUCAUGAAGAACAGUAGCAACAACGAUGAAGACUGGUUGAACAAUUUGACAAUGAUAGACGACAUUUUGGGACAGCAUGCUCAAAGCUCUGGGCACGUUUAGCUCAUCAGGAAGCAGACUUAGCUUGUAAAUAACUUGUGUGUGACUUCGAAAAGUAAAAACAAACCAACACAAAUCGCCUCCUCUUUCAAUGCCGAACGAAUGGACGCGGCCAAUUCGUUGCCUGCAUCGAAGUUUAAUAUGGGCAGUUUUUCAGAUGACUGUAUAUAUUUGAAUAUUUUGUAAAUUAUGUUUUCCUAAACAUUAAAUAUAGAAGUAUUUAUACUUCUUUGCUGAACUGUUUGUAAAUAAAUCUAUAGCAAACAUUUUUUGUUUUAUUAUAGGAAUUUCAUUAUACCUUGUUAUAAAUAUGCAAAUAAUAUUGUUAGUUUCAGUAAUACUGUGUAUUACAGCAUAAAAUACUUAUGUUUUUGACAUAACUUAACACAUGAGCUGGGGUUGUCUGUGCAAACUGGUUAAACAGGAAGCAAAUGUGGUAAUUUAUUUCCCUAGUCAAGAAAGAAGAUGGAGGAGUUGCAUUUUUUUUUUAACUCUCAACUCGGUCUUAGCACCCUUCCUGCAAACUGAUCCUCGUGAGUGGAUUCCAUCAUGGCUUCGUGGAGGUAUUCACCCACAGAUAUCUGAUUGCAGGAUUGCGGCAACGUUUUCAGUUGAGAUAUACUUCUCCAUAUGUUAAUGAGAGUGUUGAAUGCAUUAACUGUCUCGCCCUGAGUAUAUACUCGUAAUAAUAUAACUGUUAACACAGAUUACGUGACUACAGAUUACAACCGAUUGAGGAGUUAUGGUGUGACAUGAGCAACACCCGAAGAGCAAACAUCAGCCAAACAUUGUUAAAGCCCCCUUCUGGAGGUUUCAUCCAAUGAUGCGAUUUUUCUGGUUUGCAUACCUCUGCCAUGUAUAUUUGUAGUGUACAGGUGAUUUGUUCCUGGUUUCAAGGCUUUUCAUAAUUUUGUUUUUAAUGUGAGACUUUUUUUCUGCAGGGGAGAAAAGUCUAGCGACAUUAAUAGUUACUUUUUGAUGUUUUUGUCAGCUACUAUUGUUAUAUGUAUAUUUAAGUCUGUUUAUAAAAGAUCCACUGUACUGUAAACUUCUAAAAAUGUUCAUACUUUGUGUAAUCAUAUUUUAAUAGUCAUGUCAUACCUUGCAAUACAUUUGUAAUAUAACGUCAGCUUCAAGCACAGAAUGUUUUUUCUUCAUACCAUAAUAAACUGCCGGGGGAAAAUUGCAUAUAUUUUAUGUUUUCAUUUCAUAGAAGCAGCAUUUUGUAGCCGCAUACAUUUGAUCUGAAUUAUUUCACUGUUUUCCAGGCUGUUAGGACGUCAUUUGAAUACCUUGUAUAAAUAUAUAUAUGUGCUAUUACUAGAAGAAAUGAGGUAGAGGAGGAAUUGAAUUAAGCAGGUGAGAAUUUCAGUUUUGGAUGGGAUUUCCUAUGCCAGAUUUACCCAUCCUUUCAAAUGCAAUUAUAAAUGAAUCCAGACAACUCUAUCUGUUUGUAUAUAACAUCUACUACCAUAAUGCGACACUUCUUAUUAUCCAGAAAUAUAAAUGACUCUAGAUUUUGGAAUGAUUACUUUGACAACUCUUUAUUUUUACCUGAAAUACCUGUUGGUCUAUCUGGAAAAUGCAACUGUUCCACUUCAAGGUAAAGCCAUGUCCAGUGUAAAGCAAUUCAGGGCAAUUGUCCAGGUGCUGUCUUGUUAGAGCUACACCAUAUCAUCUCGUAUUAUAAACGUUUGUGUGUGCCUGUGGGGAACAACGCUGAGCCACCCCAUUCAGUUUAGAGAUGUAAGACUUUAAGGGAGGGCUCGAGAUGCAAAAAGCUACUGCCUGCUCUGGGGGGGGGAGGGGAGCGCGAGGAUGUUAAAAAAAUGGCCAUCCCAAAUGGGUCUUAAAAAUAUACAAGUGAAGCUAAAGUUAAAUCAGGUCCAUUUAAACCAAAUCCAAAAAGGCUGCAGAUCUUUUGGGACAAUAAAAUCAUGCAGUUGGAGAAGAAUUUUGUAAUCUCUGUGUGGGGAUGUGGGAUUGUUCAUAACCCUGCCUACCAAAAAGCCUGUAAGAAAUCGGGCUAGAUGAGUAAACCUCUUGGUGUCAAGUAUGAGAGGGGUAGCCGUGUUAGUCUGGAUCUGCAAAAGCUACAAGGAGUCCUGUGGUGUCAAGUAUC